AUGACCCCCUCCACCCGGAAUCGCCCCGCCGGCGACGGCGACGGCGACGAACCCAAUACUUCCAAACGGUCUUCAAAAGCGCAGGAGCAAGAGCUCAAGCGCGCACGCGGUGCUAUCUCCUGCGCGGAGUGUCGACGGCUCAAGCUCAAGUGCGACAAGACUGUCCCCUGCACGUCCUGCAAACGCAGAGGGUGCGCCUCCAUCUGCCCGAAUGGCUCCCUCACCACUGGGCAAGGCACCAGAUUCAUCCUCGCCGACACCGAUCGUCUCCACCAGAAGAUCAUAGACAUGAGCGAUCGCAUCCGCCAGCUCGAGGAUGGCCUCUCUAUUUUGCAAUCGACAGUCUCGCGGGAACCCCAUCCCUUGCUAUCGAAGGAGCUCCUCAAGAUUAAGUCCUCACUCGAGCUUCACUCUGCUGCCGAACUUAGCGCCCUCGAGGCCCUCCAGCGCGAGUUCUCCACUACCUGCGAUGAGGUCUCGGGCGAGGAGCACGAUCCACCGAUCAUCGACGCGUUCGGUACGCUCGCUCUGCGUGACGACGGUGCGGCGACUUUCUACGGCCGCUCAGCUUGCUCCGAGGUGCGUCGCGCACCUUCAGGUCGAGAAAUCGAACCCAGCGCUCUCCACGCUGGCCAGCAUAUCUUCUGGACAUCCCGAUCUGCCACCCGACAUCAACCGGUAUGCGGCGUCGUUCCCUCACGGGCCCCCGAUAUCCCCGUAUUCGACAUGAAGGACAUCAUUCAGUCGUACAUCCCACCCUGGUCGCGCGCCGCCCAGCUGCGCGAUUUUUACCUCGACCAGGCGCCUUGGUUUUCUGGUGCCAUCUCCCGGCACCAACUCUGCUCCGAGCUCCUCCCCUUCUUCUACGCAGAAGCUGCGGAAGAGGCCCUCACGCAUCCCACCGCAAGCACCUCCGCGCACGUUUACGGUCACUUCUCCGCCGAGGGCGGAUGUACGGUCGCAAGCGCGCACGAACUCGCCCUCGUUUGUGCUGUGUUCUGUUUUGGCGCGCUCAUGGACCCCACGCUCCCUGCGGCGGCAAACAAUGUCGAAGCUGGCCGGUACUAUCAGCUAGCGCGCGCGGCCCUGGCGCUGGAGCCCGUUAUGGACCGGCCGCCCGGGAUCGCCACCGUUCAAGUUCUCGUCUUGAUGGGCGUGCACCAGUCGUUUGUUUCCAAUGAGCACAGCGUGGAGUCCAUAUGGGCACUUUCAGGGCUCAGCGCGAGGCUCGCUCAGAGCGUGAAUCACGACUGCUCGAGGUUUAAGCUCUCUCCUGCAGAGAUCCAGAAGCGCCGCGGGCUAUUCUGGGAGGUUUUCAUCCUUGAUUGCUGGCAGGCUUUAGCCACAGGACGAUUGCCGUCGUUCCAGCUUCAGUUUGUGGAUACCGAGUUCCCAGCCGAUCUAGAUGAGACAUUGGAUGAAGAGGGUAACCCCAGUCCAAGCUUCGCGGCAUGGAAGAUCCGAUGGGGGAAGGAGUGCCUGCACAGCGUAGUGAUGGGCACUCUCACCGCUGAGGCGCCCAAGUACUCAGUUAUCCUCGACCUCGACCGCCGCCUCCGCGACGUCUCUCUACCAUGUGCAUCACAAGGUCCGCCUCCACGCAACCCGACUUUCGGUGAGAUGAUGACAUAUUACAUGCCGAUAUACUACCUACACACCUCCCUGCUCUACAUCCACCGAUGCUUCUUCGCCCACGCUUUGACGGACUGUCCUACUGACCCCAUGCGCAGCCAGCAUGCCCCGUCUUUUUUGGCCGGCUACUGCAGUGCGACAACCCUCCUUAACACGCUUCGCGAGCAAUUCGUUCUAUUCCCUGCGGCGAUUUCUCGCUUCCCGUUUCUAUGGGCUCACGCGUUUUCUGCGAGCGUACGUAUCAUGCUCGCUUCGGUCAUUACUCGGGGUGGCACGACGAAAACUGCCCAAGCCGCUCUCGGGGAACUUCGGGUGGCGUGCGAGAUGUUCGAGAGCGCGGCCACGCUGGGGGGAACGGCGAGCAAGUUCCUGUCUGUUCUCAGGAAGAUGCAUGAUAAGGCGCAAAUGGCGUACUUCCAAGACCUACAGCCUCUCCCACCGAACAUCUUCCAGACGCACAUGGACGCGCAGACGCUUGACGAGCUUGCCAUCUUCAGCGGUCGGACCCCGCGCACUAUCAUGACCAAGUCCGGACGCGAGCCCCUCCGGCUCUCUCAAGCGGGCAGUACCCAGUCCCUGGUUUCGGUAUUUGCCGCCGGCACACCCUCGGACAUGCCCUCGAUGUUCGACCCCACCGACGCCGAUCCCUUCCCUGGGCUCGACUCUGCUUUCCGCGCCGGCGUCCACCCGGGACUCGUCGCAGAGUUCGACGCGUUCGACAACCACCUCAACGCGCAGAUC